UGAUGUCUUGCUCUUUCUGGGGCCUCAUACGGGAGCGAGAGAGUGAUCGACAUUCUCUCUCGAGUGGUCUCAGACUCAGGUCAGAUCUGCGUAAGAAACAAAGAGAGAAGGGCAAAAAUACUGAUACAAGAAAAUCAUGGAGUACAGAAAACUCAAAGAUCAGGAAGACGAGGAAGAAGCUGCUGUUGGGGGUAACGCCAUAGAGAGCUUACGCGGGAAAGCUCAUUCACUGAGUAAUGUGGCCGCGUUGGGAGGAGGGACCGCCAUUGAACGCUCCAAGUGGAAGCGCAAGUCCAUUGUUACAUUUGCAUUGACUGUCCUCACGAGUUCGCAAGCUAUACUUAUUGUUUGGUCUAAGAGAGCUGGCAAGUAUGAAUAUAGUGUUACCACUGCAAAUUUUAUGGUGGAGACUUUAAAAUGUGCAUUAUCAGUUGCAGCAUUAUCCGGUAUCUGGAGAAAUGAAGGUGUUACUGAAGAUAACAGGUUGAGUACAACAUUGAAUGAAGUUAUUGUAUACCCCAUUCCUGCGGCACUUUACCUAGUCAAAAAUCUGCUUCAGUAUUACAUCUUCGCAUAUGUCGAUGCCCCAGGCUAUCAGAUUCUGAAGAACCUGAAUAUUAUCAGUACUGGUGUUCUUUACAGGAUUAUACUUAAGAAGAAGUUAAGCGAGAUUCAAUGGGCAGCUUUCAUUCUACUAUGUGCUGGAUGCACCACAGCUCAGUUAAACUCAAACUCUGAUCGUGUUCUUCAAACUCCUUUUCAAGGUUGGAUGAUGGCCAUUGUCAUGGCACUCUUAAGUGGUUUUGCUGGAGUGUAUACCGAGGCUAUAAUAAAAAAGCGUCCUUCGAGAAACAUAAAUGUGCAGAACUUCUGGUUGUAUGUCUUUGGGAUGAUCUUCAAUGCCAUUGCUAUCCUGGUCCAAGAUUUUGAUGCGGUGAUGAACAAGGGAUUCUUCCAUGGAUACACAAUUAUUACAGUUCUCAUGAUUCUUAACCAUGCACUCAGUGGCAUUGCUGUAUCUAUGGUAAUGAAGUAUGCUGAUAAUAUUGUGAAGGUCUAUUCUACCUCAGUGGCAAUGCUUCUCACAGCAGUUGUUUCGGUCUUUUUGUUUGGAUUUAAUCUUUCACUUGCCUUCUUCCUUGGCUCAACUGUCGUAUCUGUUGCAGUAUAUCUACAUUCUGCUGGGAAGCUGCGAUAGCAUUCUAACCACCUCUGCCAAAAUUUGCUUUCAGUGAUUAUGAUAAAAGCAAGGCCCUGACCAGCAUUUCCAGUUGAGCUCUUUCCAGUUGGACUUUCUGCUGAAUGUUUUCUGAGCAUAGUGGAGGAGGCGAAGGACUGCCUGGACGCCAUGAGAUAGCCACAGCUUGAAAGCUCAUGCCUCUUGAAUAUAUAAUGCAAACAGUGUCAUCGCGGCUGACGACAUUGUUGGCAGCAGCGUUGUCCUGGGUUAUCUGAAUGUCUUCCAUGCCAAUGGAUGAUUCAUCACAUCCAAUCUAAACUCAAAACAAAACAAUUUGCCAGACUUUCCACUCUUCAACUAGUAUGCAUUUUACAUUUUUGCUAGAAA